AUGAAAGAUGCAGGUGAUUUACGAGAGCAGUUUGAUUUGUUACGGGCUGAACUAGAAGAAUAUCAAAGUGGACUUUCCGAUCGGCCUACUGCUAUUGUUUUCAACAAAAUUGAUCUCGAUCCGACACAAAACAACGACUCCACUCGAAGUCUGUUUCCGGAGUAUCCGUCAUUUUUCGUCUCCGCCAAGAAAGGAACUGGUCUAGAAGAUUUACUAAUAUAUUUAAGAGAAGAACAUGAUAAACCAAGUCAAUGA